GGAAUCUGUCCACAUCAAGUUUCUUCAACGAUCGGGAAUCUAUCCCAAUACGUAUGGGAAAACAUGUCGAGCUUCCUAAUUCGGAUUUUGAAUUCGUACCCAGGUCAUCUUACGCGUAAAAAGUUCUCCAGACUCACGAGCUUUUCGUUUUUGCUGUGGCACUUUCACACACGUGUGAUUCCUUACUGGCUACAAAGCUCACGUUCGCACAACGUCGUGAUUGCCCCUUGUCAAUCUCAAAUUGACCAUUCAUAUAGUGCAAAUGUCACUGCGUCAAAAAUGUGCGAUAGUAACCUCUAUCUAUUGGGGCGUUUGCCGUUCAAUCCGCCAGCCUGCCGCCGAUCCUAUCUACACCGAGACUUGGGAGCUUGAAAGGUAUUCUAGUGACCGUUUGGAAGACCCAAAUUUGUAUUUUUGUACACCCACUCAUGAACAGACCAGAUGUUGCACUAACCCCUCCCUUCCCCCAACUUUAAUAAAUUGGGCCAUUCAUAGAAUGUGUCUAUCUAUCAUCAAAAGCUAGGUCGAUCAUUCAGGUACAAAUAAGCACACCUCCCUUCUGAAUAUCAGCCAAUCUUCAUGCAGUCGAUCGAUUGCUGAUUGCUAUUCACAUCAUAUCCUAUUUGGAUUCGGUGUUUGAAGGAGGGCCCUUCUUUUAUCCCCUUCCUUCUCUAUUGCUUUCCGAAUUUACCUUUCUGGGUUCCAAUAUAUCAAUCUACUUUUUCAAAACCAACAUUCGAUUUGUGAUCUCAAAGCAACAAUGGUUUGGUUAAUAUCCUCGUUGCUUGGGUUUUUGACGGGGAGUAGCGUAGUUAGCGCUUCCUACGCGCCCACUUCCGUGACAUGCCCUUCAGGGGUAUCACUUGUUAGACCUGCGGAUGGUCUUUCAGACAAUGAGGAAUCCUACAGAGUAUCGAGAAAAGCUGUUGCGGAUGUUGCUUUGAAAACGUGGCUGGAGAAAACAAACUCGGGAUUUGGUACCGGUGAUUUGCCAACGAUUGCGCUUACCAACAGUGGUGGGGGCUAUCGAUCUCUUCUAUCGAGCGCCGGUGUAGUUCAAGGUCUUGAUGGACGCGACAGUGAUGUUUCCACAAGCGGUCUCUACCAAGCUAUCACAUACCAAGCAGGUCUUUCGGGUGGAUCAUGGUUCCUUUCAUCUCUUGCCGGAAACAACUACCCAACAGUCUCGUGGUUACGAGAUAAUAUCUGGGAAACGGCGUUUGCAGACUCUCUCUUCGCCCCUGAAGGAUUACGAUUCGUCGUAGCAUACGCCAAAAUUGUCGGAGAAAUUCUUGAAAAAGAUGCAGCAGGCUUCCACACCACUCUCACUGAUCCAUGGGGAAGACUUUUGAGCUAUCAAUUGCUCGCAAAUGAUGGUGAAUCAACCACUUUCUCAUCGGUCGCCACACUUUCCAAUUUUACUUCACAUGCCGUCCCAUUUCCAAUCAUUACUAGUAGGGGAGCGAAGACAUGGCUAGGCCAAUGCGCACCCGGUCCCAAUGCAACAAUGUAUGAGUUCUCUCCAUAUGAGUUUGGUUCCUGGGAUGCCGACGUGUCUGCUUUCACGCCAACCGAAUAUCUUGGCACUACUCUGAAAAAUGGUGUGGCAACUGGAAAAUGUACCACGAAUUACGAUAACUUGGGCUAUAUCCUCGGAACUUCAAGUAGUCUGUUUAACGAGGCGUGUCUCAGCGUUCCAGCGCCUGUCAAUGGUUCUUCGAAUGCUUUUGAAGGCAUUUCUGCAUUUCUUGACGGCGUGCAUGAGGUAACCACCGAAGAUUUAUAUGCUAUUUAUAAAAAUCCCUUUUACGAGUACGACUCACCCACAGGCGUGGUUAACUCUGCAAACGAUGUUCCAGCUCAAGACACAUUAAGUUUGGUCGAUGGUGGAGAAGCCUUGCAAAACAACCCCAUCUUCCCAUUCCUGCAGCCAGCCAGAAAUAUAUCUGCUAUUAUCGUAAAUGACAACAGUGCAGACGAUGCGACCAACUGGCCCAACGGAUCCGAAAUUCUUACCACAUACGUACAGUCCCUGUCAGCCGGUCUCACGCGCAUGCCAGUCAUUCCUUCCGUCGAGACUUUUAUCGCUGAGGGCUAUAACAAGCGAGCCACAUUUUUUGGUUGCGGUGAUGCAAGCAAAAUAACAAUCGUUUAUCUUCCAAAUGCACAAUACACAUUCGCUAGCAACGUCUCGACUCUUCAGUUGAUCUAUCCAGCAGCUUCUUCCGCGGGAAUCAUUGCCAAUGGUGUGGAAAUUGCAACCCAGGGCAAUGAUGCCGAGUGGCCCACUUGUUUAGGUUGUGCGUUCAUGGAGAAGACUGGACAAGCCCUUCCGAGUGAAUGUACAGCUUGUUUCACAAAGUAUUGUUAUUACAGUUGAGAUUGGUGAUACCCUCAUUGAGGUUGUGGUGUUAAGAAAGCUGGACUUUGAAUAUAGUAUGUUGUUGGAGCGGCGUCGGAAAAGGGGAGGAUGAAUCACAUUUGAUAUCUCUAAACUCGAAGCUAUGUAGCUCGUUGUCGAGAGAGAUAUAGAUCUUUGUAAUAUCUAUCAUUAAUGAGAUACUCAUUCUGUCCACA